GUUCGUUGAAAAAAAAAAUUGUUUUACCCUACUUUUCCGACGUCAAUGGCGGUCGCUGGGCCCUCUUCCAUGAAAGAGCCAGACAUAGGACGUCAGCUCAGUAGAACAUGUCAAGAACCAUUCUUAUGCUCAUGGUUUUGACUCUAUAAGACCAGCGCGAGGUUUGUAACUUUGUCUUCGGAUCAUUUCUUAUUAUGCUAAUGGUAGGAAAAUGUUAGACUACAUUGUCAGUUGGAAUAUUUGUGGAAAACCGAUGGCAGCUUCAACAUUCACUUAUCAAGCAGCAAGAGGUGAAACUAGAGCAUGUUCUGUGGAGAGGGCUAGAGAAUAAUUCUAGCACGCAAGAUGAAGAAAACAAACCAAGAUACCAUCCCUGAUCCCUCAGCAAACUCGCGUAAGCGCAAAAGGGGGCGGCCUCAAAAACUUACAAUUCCAGGGGUUCAGAAUUCAAGUCCCAGUGAGGCUGCGGAUGUACCUGAAGUUCAACAUCGAGAUCCUCGGGGUAAUACUUCUAACCCACCCGUGCAUAGAGGUUCGAAGAGAAACCAACCCCAUCAAGUAGAUCGUGUUGAUGGCGUAGACGAUGUUAUGUUGGGCCAGAGGUUUUCUGGUGUUGUUGAAGCAGAAUUUGAUGCCGGUUAUUUGCUGACUGUUAGUCUUGGCAACCCCCAGAGAACUUUAAGGGGUGUUGUGUUCAAGCCUGGAUGCCAUCUACCUGUUUCUGCUGAAAACGACGUGGCUCCUGGAUUGCCAAUGAUCCAAAGAGUCGAGAUUCCCCGUCCAGAGAGAAAGCGCCGAACCCGGGCCUCUAAUGCCAAUUCAAGAGAGAAGAAUGCUAGUCCUACCCAUGCAGCACCAGUUUCUGCUUAUUCAGGCCCCUCGAAUGGCAAAAAGGUGCCUCUAGCCAAGACUUGGGCUGCUAGUGUGGCUGCUGAGGAUAAAGACAUGGCUCCGCCAGCAAUUAAGGAUGUCUAUGUGGUUUCCGAGUGUAAACAGGCCCCACCAGGUGCACUCAAAACUUUUCCUCCUCCUCCACCCCCUCCGUCGUCAAGUCAGAUAAUGCUCAUGGAUCGGGUGACGAAUUGUGGAAAUGGAGUUCACCAGGCCAGCCACGAGGGUGAUCCGUGGGGGCCUUUUCACAAUAUCCCGGAAGAGAUAUGGCGUAAGACGGAGGCCUUUUCGAUGACCUUGCCGCCUUGGACUACUGAGAAGCUGCUGAGGAAAGUCAUUUCGAGUGUUCAGGGUAAAUCAAAGCCGGUGAACAGGGAUGCUAAAAAUCUUAAUUCGGAAGAACUCAUUGAAGCAGACAAGCCAGUCGUUGUGGAGCCUUUACCACCUCUUGAACUCGAAAAUCCCCCAUCUUCUGCUCGUGGGUAUCAAGAGCGUAGUGAAAUGGGGAGGAUGGCUGAAUUGUUGCAGGCUGUGCAGGAAGCAGAGAGGCAGAACCAGGAGGUUCAGGCCAAAGAACCUGAUCUUGGUGGUGACGAUGAGCAGAUUAACUGAAGAAGGAGACUAAGCUUGGGGAGCGGGAUAAAUUAUAGAUGAAGAACGACCAACCUUAGAUGUCAUGAGAUCUAAGAUAACUUUUAUUGUUUAGGGACUGUUUAUUUCCAUUAGCAAUCUGAUUGACAUGUUCUGCUUAAUGAGCUAAACUGGAUGUAGAUUCAAUGAUAGUUUCCUGUUUACCGCUUCAGAGUCGCAAAUAGUUUUUGUAUGCUUGGUUGAAUCAUGCUGGAUCGAAUAUUGUAAUUGUAGUUGGAACUAUUCAUUUUAUGCUAACUUCUCUGUUCUGUUUAUCCUGACUUCUAGAGUUUUGAACAUCCCUGUGGGAAAGUCAGUGUGAUUUGCACCUCAAGCCCAACCUUCAGUAGCUUAAUAAUAGUAGCAGUA